CUUCUCUCUCUCUCCUUCUCCUUCUCCUUCUCUCUCUCUCUCUCUCUCUCUCUCUCUGCUGGUUCUAGCAAAGUCUCUUCCUUGAGAGACAGGGUGGUGUCUUUCUCUCUCUUCAUUGCGAGCUUCUGAGAAAGUUUCAUUCUUUUUUCGUUUUUUCUUCGUUUUGCCCUUCUGGGUAUCACUGUGAAGCUCGUUUUUUCUUUUCUUUUUCAUCUGGGCAAUCUUCCCCUCUCUCUCCGUGCUUGCUUGCUUUGGACUGAGGGGGCCAGUAGUAGCUUUAGAUCUGCAAGGUCUCUUCUUACUCAGUGAGCUGGGCUUAGUUCAAUCGAUGAAGGAAGCAUGCGCAAGUGAUUGGUGUGGGUAAUAUUCUGCAUUCGAUCUGCACUGAAGUGUCCCCUUUUUCGUGAGGAAGAAGAUCCUGUUUUGAGCCAUGAGUCAACUGACCAUUCAGACUGAGGACACUUUUGCCAGCUUGCUUGAGCUUGCUGCCAACAAUGACGCAGAAUUUUUCAGACGAUGCGUGGAACGCGAACCUUCGAGCAUAGAUGAGAUUGGGUACUGGUAUGGUCGUCAAAAGGGUUUGAAGCAGAUGGUCAAUAUGCAAAGAACUCCUCUUAUGGUGGCUGCUACAUAUGGUAGUGUUGAUGUAAUGAAACUCAUUCUUUCCCUAUCUGAUGCUGAUGUGAAUCGAACCUGUGGCACAGACAAAAGCACAGCCCUUCACUGUGCUGCCUCAGGUGGCGCUGCGAAUGCUGUGGAUGCCGUGAAGCUGCUCCUGGCAGCUGGUGCUGACCCAAGUUUAGCAGAUGCUAACGGUCACCGGCCUGUGGAUGUUAUUGUAGUUCCUCCAAAGCUCCUUUCAAUUAAGUUUACUCUUGAAGAGCUCUUGUCCACCGACGGAUCUGUAAGCGAACGCAAUCUGAGAGUGUCCGUAGCCUCUUCCAAUUCAACCUCUCCCCCACUUUCAUCUUCCCCAGAAAAUGGUUCCCCAGCAUCUGCUAAUUGUUCUUCACCCAAGAACCCAAAGUUAAGUGAUAUUCCUGUUGCUUAUGCAUCAGAAAAGAAGGAAUACCCUGUGGAUCCAUCUCUUCCAGAUAUCAAGAAUAGCAUUUACUCAACGGAUGAAUUCCGAAUGUAUUCUUUUAAAGUGCGCCCUUGUUCACGAGCUUACUCCCAUGAUUGGACGGAGUGUCCCUUUGUUCAUCCGGGGGAGAAUGCCCGUAGAAGGGAUCCAAGGAAGUUCCACUACAGCUGUGUCCCUUGCCCCGAUUUCCGGAAGGGUGCUUGUAGACGUGGAGAUAUGUGUGAGUAUGCUCAUGGUGUUUUUGAGUGCUGGCUCCAUCCUGCCCAGUAUCGGACUCGGUUAUGCAAGGAUGGUACGAGUUGUGCUCGGAGAGUGUGCUUCUUUGCCCACACGGAGCAAGAGAUGCGUCCAUUGUAUGUCUCCACUGGUUCUGCUGUUCCAUCUCCUCGCUCAAGCACCUCUGGAGCUGCUGCCAUGGAUUUUGCUGCAGCCAUGAGCCUCUUACCUGGUUCUCCAUCGUCAGUAUCCAUCAUGUCCCCUUCACCCUUCACUCCUCCCAUGUCUCCAUCUGCUAAUGGUAUUUCACACCCAUCUGUACCCUGGCCCCAGCAAAAUGUCCCAACUUUGCAUCUUCCCGGAAGCAAUCUUCAGUCCAGCCGCUUGAGAUCUUCUCUUAACGCGAGAGAUAUUCCUCAGGAGGAUUUUGACUUGCUGUCAGAUUAUGAUGUGCAACAGCAGCAGCUCCUAAAUGAGUUAUCCGUCCUUUCACAACAAUCGAUGGGUGCUAAUUCAUUGAACCGUUCUGGUCGGCUGAAGACUCUGACCCCCUCAAACCUUGAUGAGCUCUUCUCUGCCGAGAGCUCAUCCCCUCGCUACGCGGAUCAAGCACUGGCUUCUGCGGUUUUUUCGCCAACGCACAAAUCUGCAGUCAUCAAUCAGUUUCAGCAGCAGCAGCAGAGCAUGUUAUCACCCAUCAACACAACCUUUUCUCCUAAAAGUGUUGACCAUCCUUUGUUGCAAGCGUCUUUCGGUGUUCAAUCCGGGCGAAUGUCCCCUCGGAACAUGGAUCCCAUCUCUCCUAUGAGUUCUCGUGUGUCAAUGUUAGCUCAACGAGAGAAGCAGCAGCAGCAAUUACGCAGCCUAAGCUCUCGCGAGCUUGGUUCCAACUCAGCUGCCAUUGUGGGUUCCCCCGUGGGUUCUUGGUCGAAAUGGGGGACUACAAAUGGGAAACCUGACUGGGCUGUUAGUGCAGAUGAACUAGGUAAGCUUCGCAGGUCCAAUUCAUUCGAGCUUGGGAACAAUGGCGAGGAGCCCGAUCUUUCAUGGGUUCAAUCACUCGUUAAAGAAUCUCCGACCGAUAUGAAAGAAAAGCUUUCAUCGACUCUCUCUGGUGGUCCAGCCCCCGCUUCAUCUGGUGAGGUUCCGAGCAUCAGCUCGCAGAUGGAAUCAGUUGAUCACGAAGUGUUGGGAGCAUGGCUCCAACAAAUGCAGCUUGAUCCGCUCGUGGCGCAGCAAAACUAGGUUGUUUUUUUUCCUACAUGGCCUUGAGGAACUAGACAGCGGAAAGGUUUUUUGGUAAAUACUAUGUUUUUUCUGGAAAUUUUUGAUGGUGGUGGUGGGUCUGGAAGAAGAUAACAAGGCAGGGAAGGGAUAAGUGAAGUCACUGGAGAAAGGGAAUUCAUUUUUAACCAUUUUAUCAUUCUAUUACAACAGAAAGUAGGGAAAAAAUAGGAAGACCCUCUGGGUUAUGAAGAGAAAUUAAACCCAGGUUUGGUGUUCUCCUUUCUAAUAUUUCCAAUUUUAGGUCCAUAUUACUGUCAUUUCCUUUUUGCCUUCUUAUCAUAUUUCAUCAAAAUGGAACUGGGGGACUAAUGUUUGUUCCAUUCUUUUGCUCUUUUGAUUCAUUUGCGCCCUUGACGAAGAAGAUCAAAAGAGAGUUUAUGAACAUUUUUCUUUUGAGGAUUUUUUUUUUCAAUCUUUGUGAGGAUGAAACUUAGAGGGGAUAUGAUAUGUCUCUGGUGUUGUAGUAUGAAACCAAUAACUGAGUUCACCAGUCACUGCUGGUAGUAGAGAAAGUGGAGACGCUAUGAUCGUUGAUGUAACAAUCCAUCAAACAUUUUAAUACCUUUAUUUUUUGUUUCCUCAUGUAA